UAGUUCGACUCCGGAGCGAAAGGAGGUGCUGCGCCAAAGGGAUUUGUGGGCUGAUGGAAUCCUAUGUACUAUGAAGGAAGGAGCAAAGGUCCUUAAAGUAAGACGACCUGUUUCUGGUCCCGGCUAGUCAUUGAUUGUGGCUUAUAUAACAGGUUUUCCAGUCCUGUGCUUUCCUGUCACACACCCUACCUCUAAACACGUCAACAACAAUAUGAAGAAAUACCAGAUUUGGCAGCCGAUCUUUAGCAAUGGACCCAGAAGCAACCUCAGUUUAUUUGGAUUAUUUCUACGCUACCAGCAAAAAUCCUGAUCUUAAGGACACCCACUCCCAUGUUCCUUAUACAUCGAUCUUCCUUCCAGUCUUUUACACAGCUGUGUUCCUGACUGGAGCAUUGGGGAACCUCAUCCUCAUGAGCGCCUUGCAUUUCAAACGGGGCAGCCGAAGACUGAUUGACAUCUUCAUCAUCAACCUGGCCGUGUCUGACUUCAUUUUUCUUGUCACAUUGCCUCUCUGGGUGGAUAAAGAAGCUUCUUUAGGACUGUGGAGGACAGGCUCCUUCCUGUGCAAAGGCAGCUCCUACAUGAUCUCAGUCAACAUGCACUGCAGUGUCUUCUUGCUCACCUGCAUGAGUGUUGACCGCUACCUGGCCAUCGUGUGCCCAGCCAUAUCCAGGAAAUUCAGAAGGAGAGACUGUGCCUAUGGAGUCUGUGCCAGCGUCUGGUUUAUCUCCUGCCUGUUGGGUUUGCCUACUCUUCUGUCCAGGGAACUCACCCUGAUUGAUGGUAAGCCAUACUGUGCAGAGAAGAGGGCUACAUCCACGAAACUGACUUGGGCCCUGGUGGCCUUAAUUUUUACCUUCUUCGUCCCUUUGGUAAGCAUUGUCACCUGCUACUGUUGCAUAACAAGGAAGCUGUGUGCGCAUUACCAACAGGCGGGGAAACAUAACAGAAAGCUGCGGAAAUCCAUAAAGAUCAUCUUUAUUGUCGUGGCAGCCUUUGUCUUCUCCUGGCUGCCCUUCAAUACUUUUAAGCUCCUGGCCAUUGUCUCUGGGCUGCAGCAAGAAGUCUACUUUUCAUCAGCUUUUCUCCAGCUGGGCAUGGAGGUGAGUGGGCCUCUGGCAUUUGCCAACAGCUGCAUCAACCCUUUCAUUUACUAUAUCUUUGACAGCUACAUCCGCCGGGCCAUCGUGCACUGCUUGUGCCCUUGCGUGAAGAACUAUGACUUUGGGAGCAGUACAGAGACAUCAGAUAGUCACCUCACUAAGGUUCUCUCCAAUAUCAUUCAUGCAGAGGAUUUUGCCAGAAAAAGGAAGAGGUCUGUAUCACUCUAAAAGUGACUGUGACAUUUCAAUCUCUGUUCAUAGACUGGAGAGUUAAUUGGUGUCAGCAACAAAGAAAGAGGAAAAGUAUUGCUGAUACUAUUCAUAGUGCUUCAUAAAUACAAGAAGAGUUUAUUUUUAAAGAGACGACUGAAAAGUCCCUGUGUUCAUGGGUAUGAUUGUGUCAUAUGCUGGUUUGGGGGUUUGAGUUUUGUGUUUUUGCUUUUAUUUUUGUUUUUUUGUUUUGGCUGACUGGACUUCUUUGUUUUUAAUCAAGUUCACAAGGCAAAUACAACUCCUAUGGUCCUUGAACUCUGACAGAAAGGUUCUGCUUGGAUCAGUUCCUUUCUUCAUGAUUGCUUGUGUAACGUUCAGGACUUUUCCUCUCUCAAGAACCGUGAUGCCUUGAUCCACACCACCCUUCACACUGGGCUCCAAUUGGACUACAUCUGAAUGAUUCUGCCCACUUUCAUCUAGUGAGAAAAGUGGUAACAAUGCAGAUAGCAAAAAUUAUACCUGUGCCCUGCAAUUAAUUGUUACUGAGUAAUAAAUUAAGAGUCUGGCCUUAAUCUUUACAAGUUUGUAUAGUGAUUCUUCACUGUUUUCCAAUGUUAUCUUUCACCUUUUGCCAUUCACAAUAACUUAGGACUGGCAAAAAAUUCAUGGGGGAAAAAACAUUCUGUAUUGUGUUUAUGAAUCAGGACUUAUUUUAUCACAUGCUCUUCUAGAAUAUCUUAACAAGGGAGCAUCAGGCAAAGUUUAACCUUUGUUUUCCUUGUAAGGUAUAUUGGUAAAAAUAUAUCUCAUUAUGAUGGUAUAGUAACUAUUUUUCAAUAGAGUUUUACUAUGUUCUUUGUUUUCAUUGACUUCAUAAAUUAGGAUAUGACUUUGCUUUAAUGACAUGUUUUUAAUUACCCAGUUAUUUAGUUAUCAAAUGAAAAUGUUACUGCUAAUAUAAUUGGAGAUCAUCAAAUGCUUAGCUACAGCAUCAUGUGGAUUAUCAUUUUGUCUUUUAAUUAAAAAUAUUAGUGCUACACAUUCCCUAUGGCAUCAUUUGUGUAGUGUAUAUAAUUUUUUGACUUGAUUCAGUAAUAUAGUAAGAUAGGAUGCUCUGUAUUCAGCUGAAGUUAAAAAUCCAUAAUGAAGAUACUACUGGUAUUUCAUAUAUAUACACAUUUUUCCAAGCCUGGAGACUUUCCUGAACUCUUUCACCUAAGAAACAUUAGGUCUACUUGUACCUGCACUCCUUUUAAAGACUUUGAAGUUAAAAACAUGUAAUUAGCAGCAACCACAAAAGACUUUACUGCAGAAAACAUACUAUUGUAAACAUCUUUUGAUUCAAGAGAAAAUGGGUUAUGUUUUGACCUUCAGUGGUGACUCAAAUGAAUUACUAUGUACCUCUAAAUAUUAGGUUUGAAUAUCAGAGAAAGCUUAGAAUCUUUUCAGGGAUCAAGUAAUUCAAGUUCAUCCUAUGUAUCUUUCACAUUAAGAGAAAUCUCAAAUAUUGGGCAUAUUCUUAUAAUCUGUUUGGAAGUUGAAAGUAUAGUUUUUGGUUUUAUAAAUCAGUUAAUUUGUUAAUUUCUCUUAAACUUUUAUCAAAUAAAAAUAUUAUUUCCUUA